AUGAAUUUUAAUAUACUUUUACAAGCACUUCAACAAAAAUCAAUUGUUAUUGGUAGUGAAACAUUAUCAUCUCUAACCACGAGUGAUUUAAAUAAAGAUGUUGCAGAAACAGCAUUGAUUUUUGAUUGUAGUGCAUUGUGUCAAAUCGGAAAUGUGAAGAGAAAUUUCAUUGGAAUGUAUGCACUUUUAUCACCAUUAUUUCAAUUACUUGCUAAACAUCUUCAAUUAACAAAUUCGAAAUUAGCUCGACAAUAUUCAGCUGUUCAUUAUGGUAUAUGGAAAACACUUUAUUCUCAUUAUUUAUUUAAACAAAAUGAUAGAAAUAGUAUGAUGAGUUUAACAAGUUUAACCAAAGAUAAUUUUGAAGAUUUACUUAAACUUCUUCAUCGUCUUAUUGUUAAUAAUCAUUUAAGUUGUCAUGAUACAAAGUAA